AUGGCUUAUAAAGGCUUCGUUCGACCCGCGUCGCUACUUCUGGAGCCAAUUAUCAUUACAAGUCCAGAUGUGACUCUAUUGCAAAAUAUUUCUGCAGUCAUCACAAAAAAUAUUGCCGGACCGAACAAACGGUUCACCAGAUAUUCACCGAGGGAAAACGAUAUCGAUGAGAAUUCAGAAGCACCAAAGGCUCAGGUUCAAUUAUUCGAUGGUGGAACGGGCGAAUCAAGAACAUCGUAUAGGUGUUAG